AGAUUUGCUUGGCGCGGUGACCCAUGUGAGAGACACAUCCUGCAAAAAUCAUUCUCCCCUGCAGAGAAAAAGGCAAUGGAGCGCUGAACAUUUUCACUUGUAUCCCCCUUCCCCCAAAGGCCCCGUAUUUGUUGUGAUCAGAUUUCUGUAACAUUUCUUGGUUGGCUAUCGGGCGGUGGAACGAUGUGGAUUCAGAUUCGGACCAUAGACGGAAAGGAGACACGAACCAUUGAGGAUCUUUCCAGGCUGACCAAAAUUGAGUAUCUGAGGCUGAAAAUCAAGGAUAUCUUCAAUGUAAACCCCCAACAACAACGGUUAUUCUAUCGGGGCAAACAGAUGGAAGAUGGCCACACGCUGUAUGACUACAACGUGGGACUGAACGACAUCGUCCAGCUGCUAAUCCGUUCUCAGGCAGGGGACGCUCCCGACAGCCCCCUCGUCCCGCCCAUUGCACCCCCUGUCACCCCGAAGGACUGUGACACCAUGCCCAUGUCCAGUAGUACAGCUCUGCCUCCCACCUCCUCCAACACCACGGCUGGUGCAGCUACCACACCCUUCCCAUCCAAGCCUACCAUAGUGGCCCCCAAACCCAUCCCUACCCUCACCACAGUCAACAACAACACAACCACCAGUAACAGCAGUACCAGUAACACCAGUGAUCCCAAUAACAACAGGGCCAAGUCUUCUACUCCACCAGCACUGCUGGAGAAGCUCGAAAACCAGCCAUCAACCUCUACACGUCCCUUCCUCAUAGACGCCGGUAUUGGGGUGUUCAAGAUAAAUGAGUUGGUGGACUGCAGAGACAUAAGCAUCGGUGCCUGGUUUGAAGCCUGCAUUGACAAGGUGGCACGAACCCCAAAGGGUCAGAACAGCAACAGCAAAGCUCCUACAGCGGGGAAGGUUGGCAGGCCUAGCAAAAGGACUAAUGGCAAGCUGGAGGCCGAGCCGGGCCAAGGCCAAAGCCACCCCUCCUCCUCCACGGACAAUAGUAAUGGAAAUAAUUAUUCGAUGUUAAACUCGGACAGUGGCCCAGGGGCUGCGUCCUCCACCUCUCAAACAGACUCUACUGCCACAGACAAAGAGAAGGAGGAUGUCACGUACCAUAUCAAAUAUGACGAUUACCCUGAGAACGGCGUGGUGGAGAUGUGCGGUGGUAACGUGAGGCCGCGGGCUCGGACUCUGCUCCGGUGGGACCAGCUCAGUCUAGGCCUUGUUGUCAUGGUGAACUACAACAUUGAGAUCCCAGAGGAGAGGGGGUUCUGGUUCGAUGCUGAGAUUACUGUGCUCAAUGAGAUCUCCAGAACCAACAAGGAGGUCCGCGUCAAGAUCCUACUGGGAGGGCCAGGGGACGUCAUCCCAGACUGUAAGCUGUUGUUUCUGGAUGAGAUCUAUCAGAUUGAGAAGACUGGAGCACCCUCGCUGUCUGCUGCAGAUGGCCAGUUCAAACGGAAGAGCGGGCCCGAGUGUAAGCACUGCAAGGCGGACCCCGACUCUGAGUGCAGGUUCUGCUCAUGCUGUGUGUGCGGAGGGAAGCAGGACGCCCACAUGCAGCUGCUGUGUGACGAAUGUAACAUGGCCUUCCACAUCUACUGCCUCAACCCACCGCUCUCCACUAUACCAGACGACGAGGACUGGUACUGUCCCACCUGUAAGAAUGACACUAGCGAGGUUGUGAAGGCUGGUGAGAAGCUGAAGGCCAGUAAGAAGAAAGCAAAGAUGCCAUCAGCCCAUACAGAGAGUCAGAGGGACUGGGGCAAGGGUAUGGCCUGUGUGGGGCGCACUAAGGAGUGUACCAUCGUCCCCUCCAAUCACUACGGGCCCGUACCUGGUGUUCCCGUGGGAACAACAUGGAAGUUCCGUGUUCAGGUGAGUGAAGCUGGAGUGCACAGGCCCCACGUGGGAGGUAUCCACGGCCGCAGUAACGAUGGCUCCUAUUCGCUGGUGCUGGCCGGAGGCUUCGAGGAUGAAGUGGACAGGGGAGAUGAGUUCACCUACACGGGCAGCGGGGGUCGCGACCUUUCAGGGAACAAACGCAUCGGGGAGCAUUCCUUUGACCAGACCCUAACCCACUAUAACAGGGCCCUGGCGCUGAACUGUGACGCCCCCAUCAACGACAAGGACGGGGCGGAGUCCAGGAACUGGCGUGCGGGGAAGCCAGUGCGGGUGGUGCGGAGCUCCAAGGGACGACGCAUCAGCAAGUACGCCCCGGAGGAGGGCAAUCGCUACGAUGGCAUCUACAAGGUGGUGAAGUACUGGCCGGAGAUAGGGAAGUGUGGUUUCCUGGUGUGGCGGUACCUGUUACGGAGGGAUGACCUGGAGCCUGCUCCCUGGACACCUGAGGGCCUGGAACGCAUCCAGAAACUGGGCCUAGCUGUGCAGUAUCCUCCAGGCUACGUGGAGGCCAUGGCCAACAAAACCAAGAAGGAGGCUAACGCUCGACCAGGGUGCACUAGGAGCAAGAAGCAACCUGGACGGGGACGGCCACGGCUACACCCCCUGGAGAAGAAGGUGAAGGAGGAUGAGAAGAAGCCCAUGGAGGGUACAGAACAGCCACAGAGCAACGGCAGUCAGAAGACACCCAAGGACAAGGAGACAGAGGUGUGUAAGGAGUCGGCGGAGCCCCGAGCCAAGCGUCUGAAGAUGGAGGAGGCGUUCCAGCUGACAGAGCAGCAGCAGAGCCUCAUCAAGGAGGACCAACCCAACAAGAAGAACUGGGACGAGGCCAUGGGACACCUCAAGGAGGGGCCGAACUUCCUGAGGAAGGUGGAACAGACCUUCAUGUGUGUCUGCUGCCAAGAGCUGGCCUACCAACCGGUCACCACUGUCUGCGCUCACAACGUCUGCAAGACCUGUUUGUUGCGGUCUUUCCGAGCAGAAGUGUACACCUGCCCUGCAUGUCGCCACGACCUGGGUAAAGAUUACAUCAUGGUCCUCAACAAGACUCUACAGCUGCUGUUGGACCAGUUCUUUCCUGGCUACAGCAAGGGCCGAUGAGGCCACACACAUUACAUGUACACGGCGACACACACACACACACACACACACACACACAUAGAUACACACAUUUGCACUUACACAAGUAGUUACACAAAUAACAUACCGAUGAUGCACACAUACAAAACCUACGUAUAGACAUACAUUGGUACACACAUACAUGCCACCUGUUGAACUUGGACUGUCCCCAUUUUAACUUCACCAGCCUGAAAUCAUCCAUGCCUCAGAAGACCUCUCCUGAGCAACACCUAACCCUGCCAUGGAUUCCCUUCCUGGGUACCACCACCCCUUAACCCUUCAAAGGGUUCCCUUCUUCCCAAGCCUUCCACGUCCCCAGUCCGCAGAUACUUAGGAGUUCAUCACCUGUCCAUGUGAGGAACAGCCAGCGAGGAUGCUAAUGCUAACCAUAGCCAUGUAGAGAAUAUAUGGCUGUAACGCUACGUAGCCUCCAGGGGGAAGGUGCCUGAAGUCAGCACCUAUAGGGGUUUGGGGUCACGACCUAGGGAAGCGGGGUGAUGGGAAAUGUAGUGUACAAUGUUAGUUUUUUUGUUUGUUGUUACUGAUCCAUUUGAAUUUCAGCCUGUUCCUCCCUUUCUUCUUCUCUCUGAUCUCCUUUCCUUUUUUGUUUGUUCUCGUGGUGAUGUCCUUUUCGUUCAAAGAAUUCAGGAUUUUUUAAAGACAUGCAAAUGCAAAAUGUUUUAAAUUAUGCUAUGGUCUCUAAAGCAGCAAAAUGUGAUGUGCAUUCCUUCCUACUGCUCAAGGCGCAAAUAUACAGGACAGAAAAAUAAUUUUUCUCUCUUCUGUAUCGACUCGCAAGCUAAUAGUUUCCUUCUCCUCUGUGAGCUUUGCUUCGUCCCCACCGUCCCUAGGGUUGCAAGAUUCCGGUAACUGCCCAACAUUCCAGGUUUUCCAGAAAUCCCAGUUGAAAGAUUUGUGGAAUCAGGAGGGAGAAAGCAGGAAAUCCAGGAAUCCUUCAACUGGGAUUUUUGGAAAAGUUGUGAGAAUUUUGGGAACAUUUGCAAUCUUACCUGCCCCCAGUCGUGUACUCUACCUACCACUGCCGUGGACUACAGUAACUGUCUAGUCGUCAAGUGGACGCUUCGCUUCAGCUUUAGUGUUGUGUUCAGUUUUUUUUUUUGCACUUAUUGAAGAAAAAAAGAUGUUGAAAAUGAAAAAAGUAACGUCUAUAAUUUCCUAUCAUGCUACUACAACAUAUGGCAUUUUUCUAUCAUUUUAGUUGCCUAUUCUAUUUUAGUCAUUAGUUAUUAUUUUAUGUGGCAACCUUUACCUGCUGCUGUCAGCCUGAUUGAAGAGUUUCAUUGCUUCAUAUUGUGAUCUGAAAUUUUAUACAUGGUAUGAUAAUACUUGAUAUGCACCUAUUAAAUAUUUUGAUUCCAGAAAAAACUA